GGCUGAGUACAGUAAAUAAGCAGAAUAAGCUAAACCUAAAUAUUCUUUUCCGGAAGGGUUUUACAAGAGUAAAUAGGGAGCGUCAUGUCAUAUUCUUCAAUUCAAAUACUGUUACAUUUUGUUUUUGUACAAAUACAGAUGAUAUUGAUUGAUGAUACUCAAAGCAACCCGAAUCACGAUUUCAUUGGCGCUGAACUGAUAAUUUUAUUGUAGUAAUUAAAAUCUAAAUUGCAGUUUCAGUUAUGUAGAGUACAAAAAUCAAUAUGAAUGAACCAUUACUAGGUAUUGCUGUUCAUAUCAACUUUUGAUUCGAAUCGUUUCAGUAAAUUAUCUUCUGAAAAACACGUUCUUCGAUCAUACGAUUCCGAGAACUGAUAUCUAGGUCUAGGCUCCCACUCUUGUGCCGAUCGUCGUCACACUUGUCAACGAAUCAGUCCGACGCCGUCAUCAAUCACGACUCCGGAAAAUCACAGUGAUUUUGAGCUGUGACUUUACCGGAGCAGUCACGGUUAGUCACAGUUCCUUAAAAAUCCUGUCACACCACAUCUCUAUCACAGACUACAGUCACAGUAUUAUACAGAAAUACUGUGGAAAUACUGUGCUACAGUCAGUAUUCUGUGUUACCUAUGUUGUGGCGUCGUUGAGAACAAAUCCUAUGCAAUUUGCUGUGGUCAUUUGUAUUCAAAAAUAAUGGCCGCCGAUUGUGGAAGAAUUAUUAAGGGCGAACUUGAAUCUGUUGGGGAUGAAGUGGUUUUUGAAACAAUUUUCAUGAAAUGUGAAACAAGUGAAACUGAAAUGGUCGGUGAAUCUGGGAAUUAUAUGUUUGGUAGCGAAAUGGUUACACAUAACUUCGAAGAAAAAUAUGAUAUAGAUCAGAUUAAAAGUGAAAAUGUCAUUGAUGUUUACCAUGAACCCAAAUCAGAAAAAUGUAUAGAAAAUAUAAGUGAAGGCUCUCAAAAUGAGUUCCUUGAUAUACAGGAUUCCGGGGACGUUUUUAUCAAAACAGAGGAUGAAAGAGUCAUCGAAAAGAAAGAAGAGAGCUUCAAUGAAAAGAAGUCAUCAGCGUUAUGUCAAAAGGAGUUUGGCACUGCAAAUGACCAUAUUGUGAAACUUGAGAUGGUACAUACAACAGAGAGGCCCAAUGAACAUACUCAUGCAGGAGAGAAAUCAUUUCAAUGUAAAAUAUGUCUAAAGUCAUUCAGUAAAAGAAGUAAUUUAAAAGUCCACGAAAGAAUUCAUACUGGUGAAAAACCAUUUCAGUGCAAAAUCUGCUUGAAACUGUUUAUUGAUAAAAGUCAUUUGAAUGAACAUGAAAGAAUUCAUACUGGGAUAAAAUCAUUUCAAUGUAAAAUGUGUCCAAAGUCAUUUGUUUUGUGUAGGUAUUUGAAGAUCCAUGAAAAAAUACAUUCUGUCGAGAAAGCAUUUAAAUGUACAAUUUGCCAAAAGUCAUUUAUUCAAAAUAAUGCUUUGAAAAUUCAUGAAAGAAUACAUACUGGAAUAAAACCAUAUCAGUGCAAAAUAUGCUUGAAGUCAUUCACUCGAAGUAGUUAUUGGAGAUUCCAUGAAAAAACUCAUAGUGAGGAAAAACCAUUUCGAUGUAAAAUCUGCCAAAAGUCAUUUACUCAGAAUAAUUAUUUGAAAAUUCAUGAAAGGAUACAUACUGGAAUAAAACCAUAUCAGUGCAAAAUCUGCUUGAAGUCAUUCACUCAAAGUAGUAGUUUGAAAACGCAUAAAAGGACACAUGAAAGGACACAUACUGGUGAAAAGCCAUUUCAGUGUAAAAUCUGCUUGAAGUCAUUUAUUCGAAGCAAUAAUUUGGAAGCUCAUGAAAAAACUCAUUUGGAAUGCUUCAAAACCGAGAAACCAGUGGCGUAGCUUGAGGGGGCGGUGGGGGUCACAGUCCCAGGUGGCAUAUGGAACGGGGCGGAAGGAAGCGCCAAUUUAUUGAUUUGGAUUUCGCGCGCGAAAUCGCACGCGAAAUGUUAUGUACGUGUCAACUGAAAGGGUAACUCUCCAAUAUUCUAAAAUCUCAUGCGAACAUCUUGGAAUUUCUUUCGAAACCCUAAGACGAAUCAAGAGAAAGCAUAUGAGAGUGAACUGAGGCGAACAAAUUUCACUUCAGUAGACAGAAUGAUUGCUGAAAUUCGUGAUCGAUUGUAAUAGCUGCAAAAAUAUGCCCCUCCAAUGUCUGCCCUGAUGGAGGGCAUGGAAGAUCUCAACAUUAAUCAUGCUCCACACUUCCUAAAUACAGAAGAGUUUCGACUUGAGCCUGUACAUCUACGAACCUUUGUAGGAACAGACCCAGGUAAAAAGGAAUUUAUCAAGUCUGGCUCCCUGGAGUUAUUAUAAUAUAUUAUAGUUUUUUAUUUUUUAAUUAUCUCUUAAACGUUUGCCAUUAGCAAUAUAA